AUGACAGACGAAUAUUCGCCCAUCGCACGUCCGUCUCGUCAAGAGAAGAAUGGUUUCCUUUGCGUUACUCCUACGCCGGCGGACAAAGCUAGUGGUAAAUCACAGCUACAGCUAACCAGUUCACAACCGCAACUAAAGACUGGCAAAAGACCAUUUGGAGGCGGUGAAAUACUCGGAGAGCCUCUCACAAAACGAUCCCGGCUCGACGAAAAUGAUGAAGCAAGGCGCACCAAAGAGCGCAAACCAAGGGUACUAGACCCGGCAAUGUUAACCAAGCACUUCACCAUGGCCAACAAGAAAGAGAUAGAGAAAGUGAAAGCACGCAUCGCAUCAGCGACGCCAUCGAAUCCAACUGACAUUCCGCCUCGCACCACUCGCCAUGCAGAACCGGUGAUACUAUCGAUGGCUACUGGAAAACCGAUACUAUCAAAGUCAUUGCGCGAAGCACCGCCGCUUCAUAGAGAUACGCCGUCUAAAGAACGCCGAGAUGCUCUGUUAAUCCCCAGAGAGAACAUAUCGAAGCCACGUCGAGAUAUUUCCGCUCUCCACAAAGCCAGGAUGUCUGAAGCGCAGAAAGAUACGCCAAUACAAGGAACCAAAGCCAACCCCAUCUCCUUCAGUCCCGACCUAAACGAGCUAGACCGUGAGUUCCGCGAGGGAUCAGGAUAUUACUCGCAGCAGGAAGAAGAUGAAGUGUCUUUCAUAUCGCCCUGGAGUGAAGGGCCGCGGGGUCCUAGUGCACGUCAGGCGCUUAAACGAGAUGAGCCGCUUAAAGACCACUACCAGCCGCCCCGGCGUACCUCACGGCCUGAGGAGAGGAGGCGGAGGGAUUUCAGCAGCGUAGAAUUGGAAAUGACGGCGAAGAAACGCCGGACGUUGUCGAAUAGCUGUGGUGUUUCUCCUCGAUCGGAGGAUAGAAGUCGCAGUCGCAGUCGGUUGAGGUCGCUGGUGAAGAAGCAUGAUAGGUAUAGGGGUGAUGGGGCGGAGAUGCCUUGGGGGCGUAACGCGAGGUUUGAUCGCGCUCUAUCGCGACGGCCCCCGCCGGCAUUGCAGCGACCACGUGACAAAACUCCGCCGCCUUCUAGGCAGGUUAGGAGAGAGGAGAGGUCGAGGAGUAGAGGGGCGAGAAAGAACCGAGGGCGGAGCCGUGGUGCAGACCGAGAGCGUAGCCCAAGGCGAGAAAGAAGCCCAGAGCGGAAACGGAGUAGACAACGUCGUCGUAGCUCAUCGCGCCACCGCAAUCGAGAUCGUCGUGAUAGUCCAGACCAACACAACAACAAACGCCGCAGCCGCAGCCCACGGCCCUCCAAACAACCCCCAUCAGCCUCCCCUCCCCAACCACCUCCGCCUCCAUCCCCCUCCGAGUCCUUCUUCGGCGCCGAUGACAUACCCGAACCCCAUGAGACUCUCGGUGUUGGCGAAGGCGAGUACACUCUAGAGCAGGAAAUGGCGUUAUUUGGCCUGGCGGUUACUGUGUAUGUGCAGAGAGAGAGGGUGGCGGAGCUCAUGUUGAAUCGCAUGAGACUACAGUUUGAUUUAGAUAAUAGGAAGAAGAGGUGUGAGGAAGGAGAUGGAGUGGAGGAGAAUAAGGAUAGGGGGGAAAGGAACGGAGAUGGGAAUGGUGAAGGAAGGAAUGAGAAGAAGGAUGUAGGGAAUGGGGAUGGUGGGGAGAGGGGCAGUAAAGAGAGAGUUAGCAGGGAGAGGAAAGAAAGUGGAGGGAGGAAGGAAUGUUCCUAA